CGUGCAGCCACGCGGAGCGUUGGGAAGCCCCGCCCCGGAAGGACCUCGCUGCCGGACCGCCCGCAUUGCCAUGACAACAGUGUCCACCGCGGCCCAGGCGCAGCCCAGGCGCAGCUGCUGCUCCGGCGGGACCGAGGCAGGACCGCGGGCUCCGGCCUGGGCCCUCCGCCGCCGCCGCCUCUACCGCCGACGCCGCCAGCUCCAUACCCUCUGUCCUCGGGCCCGUGGCCGGGGGCCGCCCCUAUGCCGAAGAUGAAGGCGCUGCAGUGCGCUCUGGCGCUGGAGAUCCGCUCCAUAACUUGUCCACGUCUACAGCUGAAAGACAAAGAAGACGUUUAUCUCAGCGUUUGUGUAUUUGGCCAGUACAAAAAGACAGAAUGCGUCCCUCCUAUCUUCCCACUGGUCUUCAAUGCCAGAAUGGUUUUUGAAAAGGUGUUCCCUGACGCCAUAGAUCCGGGAGAUGUAGUAGCACAGCUCGAAUAUGACACAGCAGUGUUUGAGUUGAUACAGCUUGUUCUGCCAGUGGGUGAAACACUCUCUACAUAUGAGGAGAACACGAGAGACUUCAUGUUCCCUGGUCCAAAGCAAAUGUCUGGACACCAUGAUUCAAACCGCCAAGUUACGAUGCAGAGGAUUUCUGGUAUCAGAAAAUAUAAUUUUACCUCUAAGGACUGCUUUGGCUGCAUCCCAGAAAUUUUGGGACUUGCCCCAAGACUGGAAUUUUCUACUACAUCUGUGAUUACAGAAUGUCUGAUCAGUUCAAGGAAGUGUCGAGGAGUCCAGGAUAAACUGCUAUGCCAUGCCAACCCUGCUGAAAGGAACCAUGGCCGAAUGCAAAUGAGGGGGGCAGCAAGACCUUCCAAGAAGAAGUCCAGGUCCCCUGAGAGACACAAGUAUUGCGUAAACCCACGGAACUAUGAGCAGCCCACCAUCUCAUCCAAGUGCCAUUCUCCAUCCCCAUACACCAAGAGGCGGAUGUGCGAGCUGUCGGAAGACACCAGGCGGCGCUUAGCUCAUCUCAACCUGGGACCCUACGAGUUCAAAAAAGACACUGACAAACCUCCGUUUGUCAUCAGACAUGCUGACACCCCAAACCCCAAGCUUGAGGCUCUUCUUGGAUAUUCUGGCAGGGAAUCUUCAAGAGAAGGAUGGUGCAAAAUGCACAACGAUCACACUCAUCUUGGCAGCUACCGACCCAAGGAUUAUAAGAUUACUAAGCCUUCUCAUGGGAGAGACCGUGAAGAUUCUCUCGACCGGUGUGAAGAAUAUCUCGCCUCGAGGCAGUCUAGGCCACAUAACACAGAUAGGAAUCUCUUGGUCCAUUCAGCACCCUCCACAAUGCAGAAACGUUCUCCUAGCCCGGUGCUCAAUCACUCAUCUCUCAGGGAAAGGUAUCAUUCAGAUUGGUGUUCACCUUCAAACUCAGAUGAAAUACACGAGCGGGUAAAGAAUGUAUUGAAAUCACACGGGACUCAUCAAAGAUGUCUAUAUGAUGAGAGAGACCAGGAAAAAGAUGAGGAGCUGGACCUGAAGAGAAGUUUUGCAUAUAAAGACUCCCUCUGUGACAGUGAUCCAGAGUACAGUUCCUUAUAUAGGCCACGUCCCUUGGUCCACUUGGAUAACGGUGAAUACUGGUCCAACCGAGCAGCAGCUUAUAAAGGAAAGUCCCAUCGAGGCAACUUUGAGAACAGCAUGGACAAAAUCUAUAGGAACUUGUACAGGAAAGCCUGUGGUUCCAGCACACAGGAAAGCUUAUAACACCUACGACAAACUGUACUUGCCCAGGCAUGCUUCUCAAUGAAAUCUGUUAAUAGAA